CCGCCGAUAGUGCGUCCGUUAGUCAGAUGAAGCUUGCCCAAUGAAGCAUCUAUUAAUUAUAUAUAAAAAAGGAACUUCAUAGAAGAGACCAGUGGUGGCGCUACAAGGUGUUCAGUGAAAUUAGGAACCACCUCUCCCUUCACUCUCUCUCUCUCUUUCUCUCGGGGUGUGUUCCAGACAAUGCGGGCUAUCACUUGUGUCACUUUGAGGCGAGACACUUCUGAAACACCUGCUCACAACAGCCCUUCUGUUUUGUUUUCUACAAAGAUGCAGAAGUGGGUUGUGAUCUGCUGGGCCGUCCUGGCUCUGGUUGGUGCUGAUGUGUGUCCAGAUGCAGGAAGAUGUGAAGACGGUGAAACUUGCUGCAACAGCCCAUCAAACGGCUACGGAUGCUGCCGAUAUGAAAACGCCGAGUGCUGUGAUGAUCACGUCCACUGCUGUCCUGCGGGCACAGUCUGUAAUACAGCCUCAUCUGGCUGUAUGAAUGCCACUGUAUCCAUCCCCUGGGUGGAAAGAACUUCCGCCGAUCAACCCACACUCUCCAAAUCCUUCAGGAUGAUCAAGACGUAUAUGGGGGAGGAAGAUGACAACAUCUGCCCCGAUCUGUCACGAUGCCCUGCUGAGUUCUCCUGUCUGAAGGGUUUGACGAGGUUUGGCUGCUGUCCUCUAGCUCAGGGAAUCUCCUGCCCUGAUGGCAAACACUGCUGCCCCAAGGGCCAUGACUGCAGCGCAGACAGCCGUGCCUGCAUCAAAAAAGAGCUCAUGAGCACGGUUCUGUGCAACGACGGUGUGUCCGAGUGUCCGGAUGGUACCACCUGCUGUGAAACUACAGAAGGCAAAUGGGCAUGCUGUCCAAUGCCAAAGGCCGUGUGCUGCAAUGACAAGAUCCACUGCUGCCCUGAAGGCACCACAUGUGAUGUUGAACACUCCAAAUGCAUCCACCCGUCUACUAAGAAAGAGACGCCCAUGUGGGCAAAGCUCCCUGCCAGACUGAGAGCAGAGUGGGAAAACCAGAAAGAGGGUAAACAACUGGCUGCGGAGGCUGUCAAUAAUACAGGAACAGAAAACGUCCUCAAAGUCGCCACAGCCAAUCCACUUCCUCCAUCUGGCAACGAUGUUCCUUGCAGUGAUACAGUAGCCUGUCCUGAUGGCACCACCUGCUGUAAAACCCAAGAAGGUGGCUGGGCUUGCUGUCCUCUGCCAGAGGCUGUGUGUUGUGAGGACUUCAUACACUGUUGUCCAAAAGGGAAGACAUGUAACCUGGCUGCUCAAAGCUGUGAUGAUGGCCUGCUCUCAGUGCCCUGGGUCAAGAAGGUCCCUGCAAUCAUAAAGCAGAAGCUCCAAGUGAAGGAUGUUCCUUGCAAUGAUACAGUAGCCUGUCCUGAUGGCACCACCUGCUGUAAAACCCAAGAAGGUGGCUGGGCCUGUUGUCUUCUGCCAGAGGCUGUGUGUUGUGAGGACUUCAUACACUGUUGUCCAAAAGGGAAGAAAUGUAACCUGGCUGCUCAAAGCUGUGAUGAUGGCCUGCUCUCAGUGCCCUGGGUCAAGAAGGUCCCUGCAAUCAUAAAGCAGAAGGUCCAAGUGAAGGAUGUUCCUUGCAGUGAUACAGUAGCCUGUCCUGAUGGCACCACCUGCUGUAAAACCCAAGAAGGUGGCUGGGCUUGCUGUCCUCUGCCAGAGGCUGUGUGUUGUGAGGACUUCAUACACUGUUGUCCAAAAGGGAAGAAAUGUAAUGUGGCUGCUCAAAGCUGUGAUGAUGGCCUGCUCUCAGUGCCCUGGGUCAAGAAGGUCCCUGCAAUCAUAAAGCAGAAGGUCCAAGUGAAGGAUGUUCCUUGCAAUGAUACAGUAGCCUGUCCUGAUGGCACCACCUGCUGUAAAAACAAAGAAGGUGCCUGGGCCUGCUGUCCUCUGCCAGAGGCGGUCUGCUGCAACGAUCACGAACACUGCUGUCCAAGUGGCACCACCUGUGACCCGGCCUCCCUCUCCUGCCUGAGCCCAUCAGCCUCAACGCCUAUGCAACAGAAGGUGCCUGCAUUUACUACUGCAGCACCAACUACAGCGGAGCCUACAACAAAGAGCCCAGUAACAAGCUCUAACCAGGAGGAAGAAGAGAACAAAGAGGAGGACGCAGAGGAAGAGGAGAGUAAAGAAGAAGAAGAGGGCAUGAUUAAAUGUGAUGCCCACACCAGCUGCCCUCAGUCAACCACCUGCUGCUACAUGGCUGUGUUUAAAAAGUGGGGAUGCUGCCCACUGCCUGAGGCGGUGUGCUGUGCUGAUGGGAGCCACUGUUGUCCCCAACAGUAUAAGUGUGAUGAGAGUCGCACCUCGUGUACAAAAGGAGAAGUUGUGAUUCCAUGGUACACCAAGAUUCCAGCCACCACCAAUAUCCAGGCUGAGCCCACGUCUGUGCAGUGUGACAGCGCAAACCUGUGUCCCGAACAAACCACCUGCUGCCGGCUGUUCACGGGCGAGUGGGGCUGCUGCCCACUGAAAAAUGCUGUUUGCUGUCCAGAUAAGGAGCACUGCUGCCCGCAGGGCUACACCUGUGACAUCCUGUCCAGGUCCUGCCAGAAGCUCAUCAUGAUGCAGCUGGAGAGAGUCCCACUGACACCGGUGUAUCUCCCUGAGCCCCAACCCCAGCUCAGUCCAUUAAAGCACAAUAACAAGUGUGAUGACCAGACCAGUUGCGCAGAUGACGAAACCUGCUGCAGGACUUCGGCCACUUCCUGGGGCUGCUGUCCAUCUCCUAACGCGGUGUGCUGCAGCGACAUGAAGCACUGCUGCCCGACCGGGUACACCUGCACCGAUGAAGGCUCCUGCAUCCAGAACUCCAGGCUUUACUGGCCCAACUGGCACGUGUUCCUCGCCAACAAAAGGAGAGCUCUAAUUGUGUGAAAACAUCACCUCUAAACUAUUCAUAGUUGGUUUUUUUUGCAUGCAAUGCACUAAUGGGGAAGGGAUUUUCUGUUAAUUUUUAAAAUGCUUUGUUCUUUGAUGACACUUUGAAAGCGAUUUGCACUUCAGUUCUUCAAUUUUGGAGUUGAAAGUUUCUGUCUGAAUGCACCCAGUUAUAUAGAUGACCAUGUGGGUAACUUAUUUUAAGAGUGGCCAUUGUUGUUCCAAAGACACUCAGUUUAAUACUUAUAAUGCUACUCCAUUCACAAAGUAAGACAACUGAAACACUCCAAUGUGAAAGGAUGAUAUUCGCUGUAAGUCGUCUGUUUCUCUAAGAUCUGCUGCAUCUGCCUUCUGUUGAAAGGUUCACUUCUUUGUCAAAAAUCAGUCACAGAUUAAUUCAGUAUCUUUUAUCAUUUUGAACAUGACAAACAUGGACUGUGGUUUUGUUUCACCACAUGGUGAACAAACAGUAAAUGUUUACACUCAUUCUUUGUAAUCAUUUAAUGAUUUUGUGGUCUGAUCACUCAUUAAUUUUUAUGGUUUUGUGCAUUGGAUUAAUAAUCUGUCCUAAUGAGGAAAAAAUUAAGAAAUUCUUGCUUGGGUCAGCUUAAACUGUCAGAGUUACAUUUUCCAUUAAAU